AUGAAGAAACCCGCUGGCAAUGCGGCGGGUUCCGUACCCGCUGCAUCGGCAGCGACAACUCGCAAUUUACGGCCGCGCCAAGCGUCCGGCGCUCCGGAACCCCCGGCGGGUGGCCGAGUGACAAGGAGCUCGGCUGCGCUUCCUAGCACGGCUUCAACCAACGAGAAUCCCGCGGUGCCACAACCUCCACCGCCCAGUACCCCAACAAAGUCGCACAAGCGCCCCGGAUCGCCGGCCGCGAUAGCAAGCCGACCAAAACGGACCCGCCACUCCCCUCACAAACCGGGGUUUUAUGGAGAAGAUAGCGAUAGCGAUAGCGGGGACGAAGUUGAGAACCCUCCUAAUCCGGAUGUGGAGCAGAAAGCGAGCACCCGUCAACGGCGUCAAGCUUCCCAGGUCUUCAGGCCCGUAAAAUGGACAACCUCAGCUCGGACAACAAAGAACCAAUGCCAAGCCGUUCCUAUCAAUUAUCCUGCGCCCGAGAAAGGCAAAGACCGAAAGUGGAAGAACUUUGGGAUUGAUGUCGAGCAGAUUGCCUCGAAGACGUUCAGGGGCCAACUGCUCGACCUCAAGUCCCUGGUCAACAAACUAACCUCGUUUGAAGCAGAUUCGGGUUCUUUCACCAGAAAGACGACGCCCCUUACCAGGUCGCUAGGAAUGGUAGCUUACGUUGGGCACUACCCUUCCCGCCCUUUUUUGAGGCUCUCAACGGAUCGCAAGUCCCAGCAGAGGGAGCGCCAGAUGACCAGCCCUACGCGGCUUAUUGGAUGGCAGUGGGAAUCGGCGGCUGAUGGGGGCCGGCUGGUCGCCAGGGAUGGAGCCUUCAUUCAAAGCAUGGCUGACGCAAUCACCGCUCUGCCAAAUCUUAAACACCUCACUAUCGAGUCAUCUACUGCGGCCAACGACCAGUUAUUGCGCCUUCUUCCCAAAGAGCUCGAGACUCUGGGGCUUAUCAAUUGCUGGGACGUUGAUGGCGACGAUUUCACAGCUUAUCUCCUAACGAACGGACACCAACUGAAGCGCCUCAUUCUGCACCAUAACCAGUCGUUGGGUCUCUCUUUCCUCCCAGUUCUAGGAGCAGCUUGUCCAAAUUUGCAGGUCCUCUCCAUGGACUUCAAAACUUUCCAACAUCAUGAGUUCUACCGCGAUUCGGACCCGAGUUACGAUCAAUUGCUCACCACAGACCAGGUUCCGGAGUGGCCCGAGGCAUUGGAGGCGCUCCAACUCUUGAACAUGAAAAAGUGGUCUGCAGAUGCAGCCGAGACGUUGUUCCAGUCACUUGCCGACAGUUCCUCGAAACUGUUGAAGCUCCGCCACUUGGAACUGAAAGCUAUGUUGAGCAUCCCUAUCCUGGAACGCUCAAGGCUUCGUAACAAGUGGGAGCGCAAGCUACGAUACAUUUUCCUGCGUGAGAACCAGGACCCUGUACCUUUGUUCUCCUUGCGAAAUCCAGCACAGCCACCCGACAGGCAGGAGGUCAAACGCGCCUCAAAAAAGCCAAGCAAGUCUACUCGCGCCUUACCCGCUGGAUAUCCCUCGCGCCGGAGCGACCGGCUCAAACGAUCGAACUCUCCGUCCCCCUCCAGCAGUAUUGGUGCUGCCCGUAGUCUUCGAAACGGGCUUGGCCGGCCGUCGUAUGCUGAGCCCGAUACGGAUGAGGACGAAGACGAGGAGGAGGGCGAUGAAGCAGAGGGGGGUCAGGGUGUGGAUGAGUCCGUCUCGAGCAGUCAACCCGAAUCCCCGGCAUCGUCGGCCGGGAACGAAGUACCCUUCCGCCAGGGUAUGUGUGAGAAAGUUGAGAUUCAACUAGAUAACCAGAAGUCGGUUGAGACAACACUCACCAUGGACGAUUUCCUAGAUAGUGAGAACAAUGAUCUGUCGGAUGACGAUUGGGUCGGCCAGGAUGAUGACGAGGAUACCGGGUAUGCUUGGUAG